UUCAGCAGAUCCUGCAAGUUCACGCUGUAGCCAGUUAGUAAAACUAGCACCGGGAGCAACUUGUUGGUUGCCAUGACAGUGGUGGUCAGGGGUCCCUCAGUCUUGGCACUCGGUAGAGAAAAGCUGCCGAUAUCCACAUCCUCCGUAUUCCACCUGAAGCUGUCCCAGCUGCUGUGCAGAGGACUGCUCUCCCCGGAGGCUUAAGUCGGUCAGGAUCUUGAUGAUGAUGAUGAUGUUGAUGAUGAUUUUCCCCCCCGUCCCCCCACCCUGGGAAGAGGACAGCCAGUGGGGACCGGGCUCCAACGGGCAGCUCAGCCUUCCCCACUCUCCGACUCCCGGCCCGGGAUCACCCCCUGAGGAAACGCUCCCGCUCACGAGAACCUAGGAGGCCCCAGUAGGUCCGAAACGAAAGAUUCCUUCCAACCUCGUCGUCCCCAUUCCCGACUUGGGUGGUCCGCAGGCUGGGGCGCCCGCUGUGAGUGCAGGGAUGGGAAAGGGGCAGGGACGAGGCCUGGGAGAGUUCUAAGGGCGACCGCGGGCCGGACAGUUUGGGUCACUUCAGCCCUGACAAUCACACCAGUCCACUCGUCCCUGGAUCCCGUCAUUUCCUCGAAUUACCCGGUGUUUUGAAGUCUCCGUUUCCGUGCUCCGGGCUCUGACCCCCACCACGGUGGGAGCUUAAACCCGACGGCUGCGCUCUUUUCAUUCGGCCUCGGAUGCGUCUUUCUUUGGGAGAGCUUUUCUUUUUUCACUCCCAACUUUUCAUCCUGGUUCAUUGCCAAACCUACGUGCUGUUUUCCCUGAGAAUUUAGGGCAGGUCUGCUCCCUGCCACCACGAACAAAGGGGAUUGUUUUGGCAGCAUUUGUUCGAAGUGAUUAAUCCGGAGUUAUUCCGCCCUGGCCUCUCACCAUUCCACGCUGUCGUGGGAAAGCUAGAGCUUGGGGUAAUAAGGAAUCCACCCACUGGGCCAGAAACAGGAGAAAUUACAUCCAUUACCAAGGGUCCCGGGGAAACUGAUUUCCCAUCGAGAUCCUCGGGGCCUGUCACUGGAUCACGGGCAGCAGGGCUCUCUUACGUUGGUCCGCUACCUCCAUUUGGUAUCUUUGAUCCGGGAGAUUUUUCUCCUGAGGAAUUGUCACUUUGCUCCCCAAAACGGUUGUCGUCCUGCAGUCCCCCGGGGGCCUUGGGCGGCUUUGGGAAAGAGUUCAGCUGAAGUAACUAACUCAGGACAGUUUUAUCGAGCGGGCCCCUGCACAGUUGUCUUUCAGUUCAGGGAGCGGGCUGCCUUCUGUUCCAACUAGAUCCAGAAUGAUGUCAGUUGACAGUGAGCCAUGAUGACUUCCAUUAAGUUAUGAAUAUUUUGUUUUUGUGCAGUUAAUGCUCCAGACUAAUUAAAUGAAAUUAUGCUUCUGUGCUAUAAAAUUGGAAUUAAUUUACAUGUAAAUAAGAGAGGAUGAGGCUCCAUUCGUCGGUGGAGAUAGUGGCCGCAAUUAUGGCCAUCACGGGGAUCGUGAUGAUGGCGUACGCGGAUGGUUUCCAUGGCGAUUCCAUCAUAGGGGUAGCCUUUGCUGUCGGAUCGGCGUCCACGUCUGCGCUGUACAAGGUCCUGUUCAAGAUGUUCCUUGGAAGCGCCAACUUUGGCGAAGCGGCCCAUUUCUUCUCCACCUUGGGUUUCUUCAAUUUAAUUUUCAUCUCGUUCACCCCGCUCAUCCUGUACUUCACCAAGGUGGAGCAUUGGUCGUCCCUGGCGGCGCUGCCCUGGGGCUGCCUCUGCGGAAUGGCCGGGCUCUGGCUGGCGUUCAACAUCCUGGUGAACGUGGGCGUUGUGCUGACUUACCCCAUCCUGAUCUCCAUCGGCACCGUUCUCAGCGUCCCUGGAAAUGCCGCCGUGGACCUCCUGAAACACGAGGUGAUCUUCAGCGUGGUGCGCCUGGCCGCCACCGUCAUCAUCUGCCUGGGCUUCCUGCUCAUGCUGCUCCCUGAGGAGUGGGACGAGAUCACCUUGCGCUUCAUCAACAGCCUCAAGGAAAAGAAGGGCGACGAGCUGGGCGACGAGGCGGCCGACGCCCCGCUCCGGAGCCGGCCCCGGGCCAACGGCGCCGUGGCCAUCCCCCUGGCCUAGCCCGCGCGGGAAUGCACGGCAAUGUAUAUUCUGUGAAUAUGACAUACAACUGUCUCCCUCCCUGUAUGCGCCACUGAAGCCGGACGACUCCCGCCUGAAACGACCCAGCAGACGGUUUAAAUUUUACGCGGAAACGCGUGUAGAGAGCCACAAUACAUUUCGUAUGA